AGCACCGGUCCAAACUUUACGCGGCGCCAUCGGCUGAAAACUAAACCGAGAUGGAAUCUCCCAGUCUGAACCGGUUUCAACCGGUUGCGAGUUAGUUGCUUGAGAGAGGAGAGGAGGCGCAGGCACACAACCUCCACACCGCCCCGCUGGAAAUCUAUCAGAGUCACCAAUUAAUAAGUGGAGCAAGGUUUCGUAAAAUGUAUCGGAGCGACAGAUCGCUGGGUUUGCCGUGGUAGUAAGAAUUGGAGUCCACAUCAGUGGUGGUUAGCAGCCAGACAUCCCUCACUGCUGGAGCUGGAGAGUCAACGCUGCAGAAUUAGGAAGUCUUUCUCCAAUCAACUGUGAUCCUCAACUACUCUCUUUAUCUUUUAGUGUCUUUGGCCAACGCCACUCUUUUCAGUCAGAGCCUCGGACUUUCGAGCUCUAUGCCAGCAGUUAUGACAAUGUUAGCAGACCAUGCAGCACAGCAGCUGCUGGACUUCAACCAGAAACUGGAUAUCAACCUGCUGGAUAAUGUGGUGAACUGUCUAUACCAUGGGGUGGGACCACAGCAAAGAAUGGCACAGGAAGUGUUGACGCACUUAAAAGAGCACCCGGAUGCCUGGACGAGAGUGGACACCAUCCUCGAGUUCUCCCAGAACAUGAACACUAAGUACUAUGCUCUUCAGAUUUUGGAAACGGUUAUCAAAACAAGAUGGAAGAUUCUUCCCCGGAAUCAGUGUGAAGGUAUAAAAAAGUAUGUUGUUGGUCUCAUAAUCAAGACGUCAUCAGAUGCAUCAAAUGUGGAGAAAGAAAAGGUGUACAUUGGGAAGCUGAACAUGAUCCUUGUUCAGAUCCUGAAGCAGGAGUGGCCCAAACACUGGCCUACCUUCAUCAGUGACAUCGUGGGGGCCAGUCGUACAAGUGAGAGCCUUUGUCAGAACAACAUGGUGAUUCUGAAGCUGCUCAGCGAGGAGGUCUUUGACUUCUCCAGUGGUCAGAUGACCCAGGUCAAGGCCAAGCACCUAAAAGACAGCAUGUGCAAUGAAUUCUCCCAGAUCUUCCAGCUUUGCCAGUUUGUUAUGGAAAAUUCCCAGAAUGCCCCCCUGGUCCACGCCACUCUGGAAACCCUCCUACGUUUUCUCAACUGGAUUCCUCUGGGCUACAUAUUCGAAACCAAACUCAUCAGCACAUUGGUGUAUAAGUUCUUGAACGUGCCCAUGUUCCGAAAUGUGACACUGAAGUGCCUGACAGAGAUCGCCGGUGUCAGUGUCAGUCAGUAUGAAGAGCAGUUCGUCACACUCUUCACACUGACCAUGUGUCAACUCAAACAGAUGCUGCCUCUAAACACCAACAUUCGACUGGCCUACGCCAACGGGAAAGAUGACGAGCAGAACUUCAUCCAGAACCUCAGUCUGUUCCUAUGCACAUUCCUCAAGGAGCACGGGCAACUCAUUGAGAAACGGCUCAACCUCAGAGAAACAUUAAUGGAAGCCCUCCACUACAUGCUGCUGGUGUCAGAGGUGGAAGAGACUGAGAUCUUUAAGAUUUGUCUGGAGUAUUGGAACCACUUGGCUGCGGAGCUCUACAGAGAAAGUCCCUUCUCUACAUCCACGUCCCCUCUGCUCUCUGGCAACCAGCACUUUGACGUGCCACCACGCAGACAGCUCUAUCUGCCUGUCCUAUCCAAGGUGCGUCUGCUGAUGGUGAGUCGGAUGGCCAAGCCCGAGGAGGUACUGGUGGUGGAGAAUGACCAGGGGGAGGUGGUCAGAGAGUUCAUGAAGGACACAGACUCCAUCAACCUCUACAAGAACAUGAGAGAAACACUGGUGUACCUCACUCACUUGGACUACGCAGACACAGAACGCAUCAUGACGGAGAAGCUUCAUAAUCAGGUGAACGGCACUGAAUGGUCCUGGAAGAACCUCAACACAUUGUGUUGGGCCAUCGGAUCAAUCAGCGGGGCAAUGCACGAAGAGGACGAGAAGAGGUUCCUGGUCACAGUUAUCAAGGAUCUGCUGGGUCUGUGUGAGCAGAAGAGAGGAAAGGACAACAAGGCAAUCAUAGCCUCCAACAUCAUGUAUAUCGUUGGCCAGUAUCCACGCUUUCUCAGAGCCCAUUGGAAGUUCCUCAAAACCGUGGUUAACAAGCUGUUUGAGUUCAUGCACGAGACACAUGAUGGAGUUCAGGAUAUGGCCUGUGACACAUUCAUCAAGAUUGCCCAGAAGUGCCGGCGCCACUUUAUCCAGGUGCAGGUGGGAGAGGUGAUGCCCUUCAUCGAUGAGAUCCUCAACAACAUCAACACCAUAAUCUGCGACCUCCAACCACAACAGGUGCACACGUUUUAUGAGGCAGUAGGUUAUAUGAUCGGAGCCCAAACAGACCAGGCUGUUCAGGAGCACCUCAUAGAGAAAUACAUGCUGCUGCCUAAUCAAGUGUGGGACAGCAUUAUCCAACAAGCCACUAAGAACGUGGACAUCCUGAAGGACCCAGAGACUGUGAAACAGCUGGGCAGCAUCCUGAAGACCAACGUCAGAGCGUGUAAGGCUGUGGGACACCCCUUCGUCAUCCAGCUGGGACGGAUUUACCUCGACAUGCUCAACGUCUACAAGUGCCUCAGUGAGAACAUAUCUGCUGCCAUUCAGACCAAUGGUAAGGGAGGUGAGAUGGUGACAAAACAGCCCUUGAUCCGGAGUAUGAGGACAGUGAAACGAGAGACAUUGAAACUGAUCUCAGGCUGGGUCAGCCGAUCAAACGACCCGCAGAUGGUCGGGGAGAACUUUGUUCCACCACUGUUGGACGCUGUCCUCAUCGACUACCAGCGCAAUGUCCCCGCCGCCCGAGAACCUGAGGUCCUCAGCACCAUGGCAACCAUUGUGAACAAGCUGGGUGGACACAUCACCGGCGAGAUCCCCCAGAUCUUUGAUGCUGUCUUUGAGUGCACCCUAAACAUGAUCAACAAGAACUUUGAGGAGUAUCCAGAGCACAGGACCCACUUCUUCUACCUGCUCCAAGCUGUCAACUCUCACUGCUUCCCUGCAUUCCUCGCCAUCCCCCCGGCCCAGUUCAAACUGGUGCUGGACUCCAUCAUCUGGGCCUUCAAACACACCAUGAGGAACGUGGCGGACACCGGUCUGCAGAUACUCUACACGUUGCUGCAGAACGUCGCCCAGGAGGAAGCAGCCGCUCAGAGUUUCUACCAGACGUACUUCUGUGACAUCCUGCAACACAUCUUCUCUGUGGUCACGGACACGUCGCACACUGCCGGCCUGACCAUGCACGCGUCCAUCCUGGCCUACAUGUUCAACCUGGUGGAGGAGGGGAAGAUCACGACGGUGCUGAACCCUGCCAGCCCCACCAACAACCAGGUUUUCAUCCAGGAGUAUGUGGCCAACCUUCUCAAGACCGCUUUCCCUCAUCUACAAGAUGCUCAGGUGAAGGUGUUUGUGACCGGGCUGUUCAGCUUAAACCAGGACAUUCCUGCCUUCAAGGAGCACCUUAGGGACUUCUUAGUCCAGAUAAAGGAGUUUGCGGGCGAGGACACCUCAGACCUGUUCCUCGAGGAGAGGGAGGCGUCGCUGCGUCAGGCUCAGGAGGAGAAACACAAGAUCCAGAUGUCGGUGCCGGGCAUCCUCAACCCUCACGAGAUCCCAGAGGAGAUGUGUGACUGAGCAGCAGCUCAACAAAACUGUACAGUACUCCAGACAACCAACAAACAAACAUAAACAAACAAAUAAACCCUGACCACAGCAAACACAACAAAACCCAAGAGAGGCACUUGAGUGCGGUGGGAGGCUGCUUCCCCUCUGCAGAGCGGGGCCGUCCCACUGGAUGUUUGUUGACCAAAACGAUGCCAAUAACAUGUAAAUGAAACCGCGUCACCCUGUGGCCCUUUUUACAUAAUCUGCAUUUUCUAUGGGAACCUUUUGUGUGAGCUCUUUCCAGAAGCAUCAAUUUGAGCUUAUGUUUUGUUGCUCUCUGUUCCAUCUGACCUGCAUGAUGAGGUUGUAACGAUUAGGACACGUUUACAAUCUGUUUUUUGUUUUUGUUUUUUUCUCGUUCUGUUCCCUCCACGUUCUUUUUCCCAGUUCUUCCUCCCCCCUCAUAUAUUUGUUUAUAUAUAAAUAUAUUAUAUAUACAGUCUGAGCAGGGUUUUUGUAAGGACACCUUAUGUGUCACGUCGGCAUAGAGGCUUCUAGACCUGUGGCGAGACGGACAGGAAGUGGCUCUUUUAGAGGCGCACACACCGCUUAUUUGGUGCCCCACGGCAUUGUGGGAGAAUGUGAAUCUAACGGAUUAUGAAUGAAGGCUGAGAGAUGCUGCUUCGUAUUUCAGCAUCUGUUGCUCCUGAGUUCUGCUUCACCUAAAAAAAAGUGUUUGGCUGCUGCCGGCAGGAUUUUUUGUUGUUGUUGUUUUUAGGGAAAGCAAAACCGAAUAUGUGCAUAUCAUCCCAAUUGUAUAGCAUCUUUACUACCAUGGGAAAUUUUUUUCCUUUUAUUCUAUUGUUUCUUUUUUGUUGUGGGUGUGUGCGUGUGUGCUGUCGCCUAGUCGACAUCAGCGUUUUGUUUUCCUCUAAGAGGAUUGUUGCUCAUUUGUGAGCCUUCAUUAAUGGGAUGUUUUACGGAAGUGGCAGAGGUAUUUAUGGGUUCUUGGUUGGUUGCAUCUUUAUAACAACUCCUGUUUAACUCAGAUGGCUUUCAAGAUUUUGAAUUGUACUAAUUUAGAUUGUUUACCAUGCAGUAGUGCUUCAAGACACUACCUUUAGAGCAAAAUGAAAAAUAAACCUGGGUUUACAUUUAAUUUUGUAUUUUUGCAUUUUUUUUUCAUUUGUACCUGUUUGAGUUCUGUCCAAAUAAACAAAAGGCUUUUUGUCCACAGAGCAAAUGAAUUGCCAACGAGUUUAAUUAGGAAAAGAAUGUAUAAAUCCAAAUAAGUACCCGAUCUCUAAUGGCAAAUUUCCCUUCUCGAGGUGUUAUAUUUGUUGUGAGCUUUUUGAACUGAUUAAAGUUGAGAAUUUUAUAA